CGAUCGUAACGGUCAUUCGAACAAAACAGCUCCAACUAGGUGCUCGUCGAUAUCCUACUGCAAUCAGUGCCAGUGCAGUUUCGUAUUUUUUGUACUUGAGCAGUCAGAUUAGAAGAUCAGCAUGUGGGACGACGAGCCAUCACCUUGGGAUGUCGACGAGACACCUGCGGCCGCGGGUGACGAAGCAGCGGCAGCCGGAGGAGAGGCUGGUGCUCCCGCCGCCGCUGCUGCUGCUCCAGAAGCCGGCUUCGACUGGAGGACCAUGCCCAAGGCCGACCCGCCCAAGUACACCUACCACUGGGUCCGUCCGCUUUUCCUUAAUUACGGUUACAUCUACGACUACAGGCAAAACUACUAUAACGAUGUGAUCGAUUGGAUGAACAAGAGGAAUAAGGGACUUAGUCGCGAAGAGCCACGUGCUGAAGAAUGGCCCGAGCGCGCACUCAGGAUGUACGAUUCGAAGAAUGUUACGAACCGAAGCUACAAACGCUGCUCAGACAUGCGCAUCCUCACGGGAUAUAAGCCCAAGAUUCGGCACUAUAGCUACCAUACUAGGGCCUAUUAUAGUCUCAGAUAUCAGAAGAUUCUUUGAACGCGUAAACCUCAAUUAUGUUCAACAUCUGCGCUGUAACACUGACUUCAUAAGACACAGCGUAUUGUGAUCCAAUUGACAAAAAAUUCACUUAUUAUUCUGCACAGCAGUCGUAACAUUUUUUUUUCUUUUUCAUUAUUGAUAACUAGAUAUUUAUUGCACAUUAUAUAUGGUGGAACAGACCGAGAUUCCUCAUAUCGAACUAACGAACAAUGUCCAGCUCAAAUCAAGCGCAAAUUUCAACAUUUCAUUAAUAAUUUAUCCAAUAUAUUAUAUUUCAUUAAAAUUUCAACAAUAUUUCCUUUCGUUGCUUAGGCUCAACUUAUUGUAUUUUGUAAUAAUAAAUUCUUGAUAGAUUGCAAGUGUUUGAGUUCAACUACGAACGGCUUAGAGUAAUCAAGGACUGAGCAAACAAUCAUCGAUGAAUAACGAAACAAACUCAUUGCGAAUACAUUUUUAAGUUACUUAUAUAUUGUUUGUAUAAGUAAAAAGAAGAAAGCAAUGGAAUAAUUUGUCAAUAAGAUUGCAUCAAAGCCGAACCUGAGAUAUUAGUUUUGUGAAUCGUUUUUCAAAUAAAAAAGACUUAUUAUUAGAAGUUUGAAGAAAAUUUUGCAAGUAGCAUUUAGAAAUGGAAACUAUUUAUUGAGAAUGAAUCGUGAUAUACAAAACUAUUAUUUACUUUUUCGGCUUAUUUUACCAAUUAUGUGGAAUAAUAUGAUUUUGUUAGUUACACCAUUCAAUAUUUUCUAUUGCACUUUACGUUAUUAUUAUUUCAUGUAUUCGGUAUUAUAAUUAUGAAUAUAUAAUAUAUAAUAAUUUUUAGUCUCUAAAUUGCUUAUAAUACAAAUUUCUUAAAUAAAUUGCACUUUAUUUAUUCAUAACCCGCCAUAUCAAAACAAAUUCAUUAUCACAGUAAGUAAUUUAGCUCUUUAUUUUUAGACGAUUUGUUCUUUGAAAAUAUUGUCAUGGGGUUGAAUUCGUAAUUUUGUAAUAGUAUCGUGAAGGGUUUUAUGCAUGAGCUAUAAAAUGUUUGAGCAUGAAACAUUUUGAUUCAAUAAAAUUUGAAUUGUAAUAUUGUAAAAAUUUCAAAGUAAUAUAGUACAAAAUAAAUUUUAUUCGGAACUUGAAUUAAAGGCCAACACAAACAUGACAUUUAAAAAUCGGUAGAGCAUAAGUAAAUAGGCAAACGACUAAGAGCUCACGAACAAGAUCAUGGCAAUAACACACUAUAUUGAUCCUUACAAUUAACAUUCAAUUUAUUUAACGAUGCUAUAAUUUACGUGAUCACGCUUACACUAUUCUUAAUACCUCGGUACAAUAGAGAUUCUAAUUUAACUGUUUAUAAGAAUUAUUACAAGUUCUAUCCCGCAAUGAUAUCAUUAGAAUAAGUGCGUCUUACAGUCGUUUUUACUAAUUGUCGUCUAAUAAU